AGUUUCAAACAGGCCCAGGUUGUAUCAAGAUCUGGAUCAAAAAUUGUGGAGAAUAUGGCCAAUGAAGUGAAAACUAUGAUGGAUUUAAAAAUAAGUGCUGUUCGCCGCAUUAUGGAUACCGCCGAAAAUACUGCCUUAACAUAUCAAAUGGAAAAACCCAACAAAUAUUUUUCUUAUUAUAAUUCGAAAGAAAUGAUUGAGCCACACGAACCAGUACCAACGGAACCGCCACGCGAUCUCGAAGAUGCGGGCGGGCCGAAAAUUUUCAUAACACCUAAAACGAUUGUUCUAACACCGAAAGAGGAAUUUUUUAAUACACCCGUCAAUAUGACUGUUAGCUCAGUGCAUGUGCCGACGAAUGUUUACGAUAGAGGUUCGAGUUAUUUGUUAUGUUUAUAA